GGGCCGCGCUGAGAGAAAAAUUAGACGAUCGACAAGUGUGCCGACGCGUAUCACGUUGUAACUUGUCGUCGUUUCACGCUGUAUAUGCCAGGGCUAAGCGCAGCGCUGCCGCGCAAACUGGUAGGCAGUAGCAGUUACGACGCCGACACACACAGCGUUAAACGUCGAUCAUCUGAUCCCGCGUUACGCGCGUAGAACGCGGUAGUAUUUAUGCUAUGUGAAUUUUAACUGAGCAUCGUGUAGUCGCACAUUUUUUUUACAUUCUCGAAGGUCACAUACACCCUGUCUGUUGUAUAGUUAGUUGAAGCUACGAGCUCGAGCGUGUAAUAUCUAUAGUCAUUUAGUGAAGUGUAGAUGUGCGGUAAAUUUUGUUUUUAAUUUCACGAUUGAUUAGUAAUCAUGUUCGAACAUUAUUAUCCCGAUCGAUGGAUUUGGUGUGUAGUGCAAUUUAAACAGGAAGGGACACUGUUCGUUGUACCAAAUAAUUGGAUUUCAAGCACUGGUAAAGAGUGUUAUUGGCCUCCGUUCAAGACUGACCAGAAAGUUUUGAAAGCCUCUGAAAAAAGGGUGAAUCCUUGUUGUAUUACAUGGGAUUUGUUGGAAAUCGAAGAAAAUAUCGAUCAUGCUGAAACAUAUGAGAUCGGCAAGACGAAGUUAAAAAUAAGGCAAGACUACUCAGAUGUUGAAGAACGCUACAAUGCAAUAGUUAAUGCAAAAUUGAGACAUUCCAGACACAUAAAAAAAGGAACGACGUCUGAAGACGACAAUUCACUUUCAUCUUCAGCCCAAAAUAGUGAUGAGAUUGAGCUUCGUGAAGAUGUAGAGCCCCCCCAAAAAAAAUUCAGAAAUGAUGAAUUGGAUGGCGAUUGCUCAUUUUCGAGUUUUGAACCAACAGAUUCUGUACCGGAUAAGGGUGACGAACAAGCGAAAAAGGUCGCAUCUCUUGCAGGAGUUCCCGAUGGACACAGCGAUAAUCAUUCGAACGAUUCGGCGGCAUCUACUUCAUGGGAUGAAGAAAAUCCAGGACCAAGCAAUCAUAAACAGAAAAGUAAAACACCGAUUCGAUCGAAUUUGUUGCCAGUAUCCAAGAGGACGCUUUUGGGCGGAAAUUUGUCUUCCAACAAUGAUAUUAUUAUAAGAUCACUCGAAGAGAUACUUUUGAAUCAAGCCCAAAUUAAAAACGACUUGAUGAAUCUACAAAAUAAUGAUGCAAGUAUUCAGGACCUCAUUGAUACUGAUGAAAUGUUCACUAAUAUUCUUAAACUAAAAACGAUGGAAGAAUUCCUCCAAUUUGAAUUGAAUUUAGCUGAGGACAAACACUUUUUAUCUAAAGCUAAAAAGUACCUUAAUGGUUUUGGAGGCAAAGAUGGACACUUUACAACACGCAACAUACUGGCUGCAUUGAUGACCGAUGAUUUAGCCAUGAAAUUUAAUUUCAAAGGAAAAGUAAGGAAACAGAUUAAAAAAAUGGGUAUUGAACAAACUCGUCUUUACAAAAAAUUAGUAGAGCCUGUUGUAUUACGUAAAACGAACCAAAACUACACGAGAACUGAAAUAAAGAAAUCUACUGAGACUUGGCUGAAAGAGGCAAAGAAGAGAUACUUUCGCUCAUUACAAGAGAAAGGCCAGAAUGAAAAAAAUUAAAUAAUAUAAUAUUUGUUCUAUUUUAUGUAUUAUUUUUUUUAUAAAAAUGAAUGUGCAUUGUAACAAAAUUUAGUGCGAGUAUAGGAUACCGUUGUUCAUGAAAGGUUGAAAACCAAUACUGCUUAUUUUCCAUAACUAUCUAUUUUAUGUAUUAUUUUUUUAUAAAAAUGAAUGUGCAUUGUAACAAAAUGUAGGGCGAGUAUAGGAUACCGUUGUUUAUGAAAGUUUGAAAACCAAUACUGCUUAUUUUCCACAAGUAUCUAUUGUAUGAAUUAUUUUUUUAUAAAAAUGAAUGUGCAUUGUAACAAAAUUUAGUGCGAGUAUAGGAUACCGUUGUUCAUGAAAGGUUGAAAACCAACACUGCUUAUUUUUCAUAACUAUCUAUUUUAUGUAUUAUUUUUUUAUAAAAAUGAAUGUGCAUUGUAACAAAAUUUAGUGUGAGUAUAGGAUACCGUUGUUCAUGAAAGGUUGAAAACCAAUACUGUCCAUUUUCCAAAACUAUCUAUUUUAUGUAUUAUUUUUUUAUAAAAAUGAAUGUGCAUUGUAACAAAAUUUAGUGCGAGUAUAGGAUACAAUUGUUCAUGAAAGGUUGAAAACCAAUACUGCUUAUUUUUCAUAACUGUCUAUUUUAUGUAUUAUUUUUUUAUAAAAAUGAAUGUGCAUUGUAAAAAAAUGUAGGGCGAGUAUAGGAUACCGUUCUUUAUGAAAGGUUGAAAACCAAUACUGCUUAUUUUCCACAAGUAUCUAUUGUAUGAAUUAUUUUUUUAUAAAAAUGAAUGUGCAUUGUAACAAAAUGUAGGGCGAGUAUAGGAUACCGUUGUUUAUGAAAGGUU